AUGUUGACCGACUGUCACUCCCCGCCAUCCUCUGAUUCUCCUAGCCACUUCGCAUUCAUACUUAGCAUUCAGUUCGCCCUGGCGGCCAUUAAGACUGGCAUCAUCGCUCUCGCUGAAGGAGUAGCAGUUCGGAGGAGCUUUGCACAGUACAAGAACUACCACAUCGACGACAACAAAGAAAUUAUAGCCUUAGCCUUCGAGUGA